AUGAUGCUUAGGAAUAAUAGCUCCCUCUCUCUGGAUGUCUCUGAAUUCUUCCUAAACUGUUUUGUCAGAUCUCACAGCUGGCAACUCUGGCUAUCCCUGCCCCUCAGUCUCCUCUUCUUCCUGGCCAUGGGGGCCAAUGCCACCCUCCUUAUCAUCAUCUGGUUAGAGGUCUCUCUGCAUGAACCCAUGUACUACCUGCUCAGCCUCCUCUCCCUCUUGGAUGUCGUGCUCUGCCUCACCGUCAUCCCCAAGGUCCUGGCUAUCUUCUGGUUUGACCUCAGGUCCAUCGGCUUCUCUGCCUGCUUCCUGCAGAUGUUCAUCAUGAACAGCUUUCUCCCCAUGGAGUCUUGCACCCUCAUGGUCAUGGCCUAUGACCGAUAUGUAGCCAUUUGCAAACCUCUGCGAUACUCAUCUAUCAUCACUGAGCAGUUUGUAGUAAAGGCUGCUCUCUUUAUCUUGACCCGGAAUGUGUUUCUCAGCUCACCCAUUCCUGUCCUCUCUGCCCGUCUCCACUACUGUGAAAAAAAGAUAAUUGAGAACUGUAUGUGUGCCAACCUCUCUGUGUCCAAACUCUCCUGUGACAGCAUUGUCAUUAAUCGAAUUGUACAGCUAGGCUUGGCCUGGGCCCUUCUGGGCUCUGACCUCAUCCUUAUCUUCCUCUCCUAUGCUUUCAUCCUCCAAACCAUUCUCAGACUCAAGGCAAAGGGGGCAGCUGCCAAAGCUCUGCGCACCUGCGGCUCUCAUUUCCUCCUCAUUCUCUUCUUCAGUACUAUUCUGCUGGUUUUAAUCCUUACUCAUGUGGUCAAGGAAAAGGUUUCCCCUGACAUCCCCGUCUUACUUAAUGUGCUACACCAUGUUAUUCCUGCUGCUCUGAAUCCCAUUGUCUAUGGAGUACGAACCCAGGAGAUUAAACAGCAGAUUUGGAAAUUACUGAGGAGGGGUGCGUAA